AUGGCGUCGACCGAAGAACCUGUUCCUCUUUCCUCCGAUGUGGACAUCGAGAACGCACCUCCAGUGACCCCAGUGGACUCGACUGUGCUGUCUGGAAGCGAGGACAUCAGCAAAUCCAGCCCCGAGGCAUCCAAAGAAAACGCUCCAGUAUCCUCGGCCAAGACCAGCACUGCGACUGCAACUAAGCGUCCAGUGUCGAGCUCUACAACUGCUACCAAACGCCCCACCUCGUCCUCUGCUGCAUCGAAGACGGCAACCUCGACCACGCGAACGAGCACUGCUUCCAGCACGUUAAACAAGCCGCCUACUCGGCCCACGACUGGUACCACUGCUACGCGCAGACCACUGAGCACGUCGACUACUGCUUCCCAUCGAUCUCGCCCGUCGAUCAGUAGCUCUGCGGACGAGAAGCCUCGGUCUAUUGCCAGCUCUGGAGAUGAGAAGCAUGGCAUCUCGGGGACCGCCAAGCGCAUGUCGAUGGCUGGUACCACCUCCACACGGGCCCCAUUGAAGUCAUCCUCUACUAUUGACCGUCGAUCGAGCGUCGCUGGCUCAGCACUGGAGAGGAAGCCUGCGUCAUCGACGACAGCCCGCACUGCCACCUCCACCUCCACCUCCACGAGCAAACCCGUAGGCAAGCUGACAUCUUCGACAACGCCCAGUACCCGCGUCACUCCUUCAUCCACUGCGACUCGAACCGCGACCCGUCCGAUUUCCUCUACUCCAUCCACUCGGACUGCGACCUCGUCGGCAACUGAUCCGAAAAGGCGGCUGAGCAUUGUGCCCGGUGCCACUGCACGAAGCUCUGAGAGCGCCGAGAAGCUCCAAGCUCUGCAUAUGAAGCUUUCAGAAAGUGAAGAGACCAUCGCCAGUCUCAAGGCUGAGCUUGAAACAGUCAAUGACAAGCUGAGCCAGCUUUCUGGAGCAGGAGAGGACGGUGCUAAGGAUAGCGAUGCAACUGAGUCGGUUCGUGCGGAGCACGCUGCUGAACUGGAGAAGUUGACUUUGGCUCAUGCCGAGGAGCUUCAGUCUCUGCAAACACGGUUAGAGGAGGCUGAGACUCAGCGCAAGGGUCUUGAAGAGAAGUCUCAGAAGGAGCUUGAGGAGGCUAGGCAAUCUGUUAAUGACCAAGGCGAUGACAAGACCGCUGCUGCUCUUGAUGAGCUGAAGGCGACUCACAAGACUCAAUUGGAGAGCCUCGAAAAGGACCUGGGAGAGCACAGGGCUGCCUCUGCCGCAUUUGAGGAGCAGAUCGACACUCUGAAGAAGACAAUCGAGUCCCAGAAGACUACUCUUGAAGAAGAGAAGGCUCUGGCGCUUGACGUUCUUGAGCGAGAACUGCAGGGACAAAACCAAGUGUUGAGUGAACUCAAAGCUGAGCUCCAGAAACUCUCCGAUGCCAAAGAUCAAGAGAUCAGCGCCGAGAAGGAGGCCAUGAAGGACAUGCAGAGUCAGAUUGCUUCCCUAGAAGCCAAGCUUGCCGAAGCUGAGUCUGCCACUCAACAAACCUCAGAGCAGACUGCCAGCACUCUUGCCGAAAAGGAGAAAGAGAUCACCGACCUCAAACAGGCCCGCGGGAAGCUUCAAGAAGAGCUUGACGCGUUGCAAAACGGUGCUGUCACUGAGCAUGAUGCUAAAAUGAAGGACAUGGUGUCCACCCACGAAGCUGCUGUUGCGAGCCUGAGGGCUGAGCACGAUGAUGCGUUGAGCUCCCUGUCUGCCUCCCAUGCGGAAGAGCUCGCUGCUGUCAAGGCCGCUGCCGAAUUGACGGCCUCCGAACACUCUCAGCAACUCCAGGAGCUUCGCGAUUCGCUGGAUUCUGCCAAGUCGGCAGCCCAGGAGGAUCAUGGUCAUGCCAUCUCCGAACUCAGGUCAGCUCAUGAGAUCGAGCUCAAGUCCCUGCAGGAGAAACUUGAGGCCUCUGAGAAGGCCCUCGAUGAAACUCGUCACGCCUUGGAGGAGGGUAAAGCCUCUGCUCAGGAGGACGCUGUCCACGAGAUUGACGCUCUUCAUCACAAGGUUGAGUCGCUGGAAACCCAACUGUCGACCGGAACAACUGAGAUUAAGGCCCUGCAGCAGGCGAUACAAAGCAAGCAGGCCGAGGCCGAGGAACUGUACCACAGUCUGAAGAACCUCGAGGCCCAGUUCAAGUCCAAGAACGAUCAGCAAGAUAACCUAAUUAAGGAGCAGGACACCAAGCUGAAGGCUUUGGAAGAGAAGGCUGCUGAAGCUAGCCGUCUCCUCGAAGAGCACCAGUCUCAGGGAGCUACUACUUCCGAGAAGCACGCCAAGGAUCUUGAGACCCUGAAGGCUGCACACGCCUCUGAGCUUGAGCGCGUUCAGCAGGAAGCUUCUGUUUCUCACGCCAGUGCAUUGAGCGAACUUCAACAGAAGCACGAUGAGUUGCUUGCCAAGAAUCGCGAUUUGGAGUUGGGCCAUGCUUCCCGGGUUGAAUCGCUGGAGGCUGAGCUGAAGUCGACUCUGGAACGCCAUGCUGCAGAGAUCGCUACUCACACCGAGUCUCGGGAACUGCAGUCCUCUGAGCUGCAGAAACAAUUCGAGCAGACCAAGGCUAAGCUGCGGGCCGAAGUCGAGGCUUUGCAGGCCUCCGGCGCGGCUGACAAAGAGUCCCAUGCGAAGGAGGUCGCUCAACUCCAAAAGGGUUUCGAAGAAACCAAGGCCAAGUUCCAGGCCGAGCUUGAGGCUUUCCGGGUUUCCAAGGCGGCCGAUGCUGAUGCUGAGCACGGUAAGGCCAUUGAGGAGCUUCUGACUCUUCAGGAGGCAAAGAUUUCGGGUCUGAGGGAGGAACUUGAGGCAUCCAACAAGACCAAGCUCGAGGACCUCCAAAAGUCCCACGAGACCGCCCUUGCGGCCGUUAAUGAGCAGCUCUCAAAGGCGAAUGCUGCUGCCCAGGAUACAUCUGUCCUCGAUGGUUUGAAAGUCACAAUUGCUGAGCUUGAGCAGAAGCUGGCCAGCGCCGUAGAGGCUCACGUUGCGGUACAAGAAUCAGCAACCACUGCUUCUCGGGAGCUCCAAGACAAGCACACCGCAGAGCUUUCCAAGAUCCAGGCUGAGCACGCGGCGCUUUCGGACAAGCAUCAGGCGGCAGUCAUCCAGGUGGAGGAGCUUCGGAAGUCUGCCACUGCCGCUGCUAGCGGUAGCCAGUCUCAAUUGGGGUCCAUCCAAAAAGAGCUUGCUCUGUCCAAGGAGGAGAUUGACUCGUUGAAGGCAAAGCACACCGCCACCUGCCAGCAGUUGGAGGAAAUGCGGGUUUACAACAAGACCAUUGAGGAGAGGCUCGCAGCUGGCGAGCAAGACUUCAACGACCAGAUCGACAAGAACAUGCAGCUUCUUAACCAACUCGGCGAUGUCGACAAUAAGGUUUCCGCCAGCCGCAAACGUGUACGGGAGCUCGAGGCUGAGUUGGCUGCUCUGAAAGCCGACAACGAGAAGAGCAUCUCGUCCGGUCUGGACGCAAGCCGAUGGGCGUCGGCAGAGGAGGGCAGCGAGACAGCUGAAGAGGGAGGUCCAGCCGCAGCGGAAGGUGAGGACCUCGGUUCAUCCAUUGAGGGAACGAUGGCAAGCAUUCAGGAGCAGCUUAAGCACAUCCGCUCCGCGAACGAUGAGUGGUACGGUGAGCACCGCAGGCUAAUCGGCGAACUGGCUCAGCUAUCCCGCCGGGCUACCCCGAAUCCCCCGAGCGUCUCAUCAACCCCUCAUCCUGAAACUACAGCAUCGGCGUCCGAGUCGGAAAGUAGCCGUGGUCGGCCUGAGGAGGUCCCUGCAGCUCGGUAG